AUGCAGACAGCUUCUACAAACAUUUGUGAAAGACUGUGCAAUAAGUCCAUUCAUGAAAUUUCCUUGCUACUAAAUAUUCCACAGUCAACUGUUAGUGGUAUUGUAACACAAUGGAAGCAACUGGGAGCAACAGCAACUCAGCCACGAAGUGGUAGGCCACGUAAAAUGACAGAACGAGGUCAGCACAUGCUGAAACACACAGUACACAGACGUCGACAGCUGUCUGCAUAGUCAAUAGCUAAAGACUUCCAAACUUCACGUGGCCUUCAGAUUAGCAAAACAACCAUGUACAGAGAGCUUUGUGGAAUGGCUUUCCAUGGCCAAGCAGCUGCAUCCAAG